AUGACGAGGCAAGCUGCGUGUGGGGAAAGGUGCAUUCCUGUGACCUGGCUCUGCAAUGGACAGCAAGACUGCCCUGAUGGGACUGAUGAGCAGUGUGAGGUCUCCACGGCAUGCCCUGGCCAGAAAGUCAGGUGUCCGGGACAUUCUCAGUGUCGCGAGGCUUGGGGACUCUGUGACGUCCCUGCGGACUGUGGAGAUGGGCUCGAUGAAGCACGCUGCUCCCCGAACCGCUGCCUGGCGGGCCAGUGGCAGUGCAGGAACCAGGUGUGUGUCGCAGAUAGCUGGAGGUGCAAUGGGGUCAAUGACUGUGGGGACUCCUCGGACGAGGACGCCUGUGGGAAAAACUGCUCCCUGGCUAAUGGGGGCUGUGAGAGGCAGUGCAGUGACACCACCUGGGGAGUCCAGUGUUCGUGUGGAGCUGGGUGGCAGUUACAGCCGGACGGGCAGAGCUGUGCAGAUAUAGAUGAGUGCUCCAAGGCCUACAGUCCCUGUGGCCAGCUAUGCCGUAACGUCCCAGGCUCUUACUCCUGUGCGUGUGUUCAAGGUCACCAGCUCUACAAUGGUACCAGUUGUCGAGUUACAGAUGAUGCUGUUAAAAUUCUUAUAGCUGCAGACAGAGAACUUGGUGUCCUGGAUCGAAGAACAGGCCUCUAUGAGACUCUGAUACCUAUAAAAUCGAGGCCGACUUCUGUUGCCUAUGAUCUUGAGAGAAGCAUGUACUUUUGGGUGGAUGAAGUCUUACAUGUGUUCAUCCUUGGGCAGCCAAACUCGGUUCCUCUCUAUCCAGAACUUAAAACCGUGGACAGCAUCUCUUUGGACUGGCUCACGGGGCAGCUGUAUUGGGCUAGCAGCUUCGCGAGGGUCAUCGGUGCUGGCUUGAGUGAUGGCAGAGGCUACGUCAAGAUCUUGGAAAAGGAUCUGGUGCCCGAGCAGCUAAUCGUGUUUCCCACCAAGAAGUCCUUGUUUUGGGUAAAUCGUGGUAAGAAAGGCAGGAGAACUAUUGAAGCUGCAGGAAUGGACGGCUCGGAUCGGAAGGUGCUCGCAGCUGCCCACAUGGAGGAGCCUGUGGGACUGACACUUGACUACGUGGCCAGCCGGCUCUACUGGAUCAGCGAAUAUAAAGAGGUGCACAGGCUGUUAAAAGGCUACCGUGAUUUGGGAAAUCCUAAGGUCAGUGUCUGCUCAGCAAAUGUGGACAUAUCCACGGGGAACUUGUACUGGGUGUCCUGUGACCGAAGCGCUAUCCAGAAGACUAGAAUCCCUGGCCCAGACACCCGGACCCUCUACAGAACAGGCAGCAUUAUACUGCAUCUUCUUCUCGAUUGGCCAAAGAGAGUGCUCUACUGGGUAGAAAGUGGGAAAUACUUGCAAAGUAUGACCCUCGAUGGCAAAACCAGACAGCAAGUCUGGACAGGCACCUGGACGGCGGACACCCACAUGGCCUUAGACCUUGGCUCGUCUAGCAUCCUCUGGACGACCAAAGGGUCAGGGUUGCAAAGUCUGAGUCUCCUAAAAAAUAGAACGUACACUUUGAACAAAACCUGGAGUGACGGCAUUAUAGCGGCUCACGAGCCCUACCUGGUGACCGUGCACAGGGGAGCCCUUCUGCUGUGGGACAGGAGGACGCCGGAGCCCUUCGCGGUGUCAAAAGAGCCGUACGUGAGGAAAAUGAUCAUCCUGGCAGAGAAUCAGCAGGUUUCAGAUCCUGAGCUUGAAGAGGCGGCCACAGACGGUCCUCCCCCUGCGCUUCCUGUAGCACUCCCGCUGCUUUGCACCCCAUCCUCUGUCCCCUGUCGGAACGGGGAGGGAUGUGUUUCUCAGGAGUACCUCUGCGAUGGCAAGCCGGACUGUCAGGAUGGCUCGGAUGAAGGGGACUGUCCCCGGUUCUGCAACAGACCAGGGGUCUUCCAGUGUCUGAGCAGAAACCAGUGCAUCGAGGAGAAGUACCACUGCGACGGGGCUCAGCAGUGCUCAGAUGGGUCUGACGAGCUGGGCUGCUGGAAGCCCACUGAAGAUUGUUCUUUACGUUGUGACAACAAGACCCGCUGUAUCCCCAAGAGCUGGCUGUGUGACGGCAAUGCAGACUGUUCUGACGAGAGAGAUGAACAAGGAUGCGUUCAUGCAGAAUGCAGCGCCCCAGAAUUUCGAUGCCGGAACGGCCAGUGCAUCUUGAACUCCCUGCGCUGCGAUGGGAACCGAGACUGCGUGGACCACUCUGACGAGGACGGCUGUGCUGGGGCCUGGCCGCUGCAGUGCCCGCUGGGGGAGGACUGUGACCCGGAGGAGCUUCGCUGUGGCCCCAGGCAGUGGUCCUGUGCCGGCGGAGAGCAGUGCGUGCCUGGCGCGUGGCGCUGUGACGGGCAGAGAGACUGUGAGGAUGGCAGCGACGAAGCUGGGUGCCCCCCGCCGAAGUGCCAGAGCUCUGAGUUCCAGUGCCGCUCCCACGGCUGCCUCGCCCUCCGCCUGGUGUGUGACGGGAAGGAGGACUGUGCCGACGGCUCCGAUGAAGGUGGAACGUGCUCGCCGUCAGCAUGCCGCCGAGCGCGGUGUCCCCACGCCUGCUACCAGUCCCCGCACGGGCCGGUAUGUGCUUGUGAGCAGGGCUUCGAGCUGGGGAGCAAUGGCCAGGUCUGCAAAGAUGUGGACGAGUGCGAGAAGCCGGGCAGUCGGCCUUGCAGUCAGACCUGUGUCAACACCCAGGGCUCCUACAGCUGCACCUGUCACCCUGGCUACUCGCUGGAGCCCGAUGGCCACACCUGUAAAGCAACAGGUACUGAACCAAUCUUGCUGGUGGCGCUUCAGUUCAACCUCCUCCUCUAUGGCUUGAGGAGCUUGAAGGAAGACAUUCUGGCAACUGUAGACAAGGACGUGAUGAUUGUCUCUAUUGACUAUGACUUAGUGGGGCAGAAAGUCUUCUGGACUGAUCUCAGUGCAGAAAGCAUUGAGUGGAUAAGUAUGGACACAAAGAAGAAGGGAACCAUGGUGAAGGGGAUAAAGUCAGACUGUAUAGCUGUCGACUGGAUUGGAAGGAACCUCUACUGGGUGGAUGGGACAGCUGGCCGGAUUUUGGCAGUUCAGCUGACCGCUGUGUGGAGAGGAAAAUCCGAGCACACGAUUGUCCUGGAUGAUGACUUGACUCAACCGCGGUCUUUGGCUUUAGAUCCCCUAAAUGGGUUAAUGUACUGGUCUGAAAUCGGAGGAGAACCUCAAAUAGAACAAGCUGGGAUGGAUGGUAGCAGCAGAAAAAUCCUCGUCAGUCAAGGUCUUGGCUGGCCAACCAGCAUAGCCCUCGACCAGUUGAGCUGGAAGAUAUUCUGGUCUGAUGACAAAUUUCACUGUAUUGGCUCUGCUAAUCUAGAUGGUACUGGUGUUCAUAUGUUGCAGCUAACGCAAAUCAAGCGCCCCUUUUCAGUCGCUGUGUUCGAAGAUGAAGUCUUCUGGUCUGAGGUGAAGACGAGAACCGUACAGCACAUGAAGAAGACCACAGGCAAGAACAGAGCUGUCCUCAUCAAGCGUUCCCAACAGCCUCAUGGACUCAAGGUCUACUGUAUAAUGCACGAAGUGCUCCAGCCCGAGUCUCCUAAUCCUUGUCUGGACGCUGGCUGUUCUCACUUGUGCCUUCUGAGCCCGCGAUCCAAGGGGAGCUGUCAUUGCCCAAUGGGACUCCUGCUGGCAGAUGAUGGCAUCACCUGUGUUGCGCUCGAGGAGUCUGCAUUUCUGUUCCUCGUGUUGCCCACAGUUAUCAUGCAGAUUUAUCUGAAAAACCUAGAAGCUUUACUAGGACAACCAGCUUUACCAGAACAUAGGAUACUUCCCUUUACCAGUGUGAAACAGCUUGCAUCCCUGGACUACAUAGUCCAGGAAAAGGCUUUCUACCUUUCAGAGUUGGAUAAUGGUGAUAUCAGGCUACUGAGGCUCAAAGAAUCUGGAAAACUCUCUUGGAGGAAAAUCAUAUCUGUGGAGGGAACAGUGAUCGACCUUGCUGUGGACUGGUUGAGUGGAAACAUAUAUUGGAUUGACAGUGAGAAUCCUCACAUCAAUGUAGCUUCCUCAAAAGGCCAGUAUCCCACUGUCCUGGUCAGUGAAAAUCUCUACCACCCAACCUCUGUUGUGCUGCACCCACCCUCUGCAGUCAUGUGCUUUGUGGACCUGGGUGCCCAGGAUGAUGGUAGGCGUGGGUCCAGCAUUGAAUGUGCCUCCAUGGACGGCAGCAGGAGGAAGUUGCUGUGGCAGAAAUCCCAGGUCCCUGAGGGCCUAACCUUUUCGGAUUCGGGAACCCGAGUUUACUGGGCUGAUACUGCCCAAAUCACUAAAGUUUGGUACAGCAAGGCAGAACUUUCAGAAAACCAGUGGUUCCAAAUAGACCAGAAGAUUGUGGAUUUAAAAGUUUAUAGUAAACUUAGUCAACAGGGUAGUAACAGCUGCUCAAAAGACAAUGGAGGCUGCCGCCAUAUGUGUUUACCCAACCCUGAAGGAGUGACUUGUAAAUGUCCCAUUGGGCACUACUUGGCGAACGUAAGCAAAUGUGUUGAAGCUAUCCCGUGCUCUGAGCCGUCCUGGUCCUGUAAGGAUGGUCAGAAGUGCAUUUCCAUGGCGCAAGUUUGUGAUGGUCAUGCCGACUGUCUGGAUGGAUCCGAUGAGCUGAGCUGUACCUAUCCAGAUAAAACCCAUUCAACACCAACAUCUAAAAAUGCAGAGGCUGGAAAAAGCUUGACUCCAAAAGCUGCCCUACCUCUCCAAGCUACCAAGUCCACCAAGGCUAGAUAUCCAGGUCCAGAAGGGAUGAGUUAUCCUGUCAGAAAAACGCUAAUCCCUCCAAUUCCUGCUAGAGAAAGCAAGACCCCAGAAACCAAGGAAAAAGGCGAGCUUGUGCAGCCCAAGGACUCACAGAGGGCAAAACAUGUGCCCUGUAGCACGGACUUCUGUAAUGGUAGGGGCAUCUGCACAAUGGUAGGCGAGCUGAGGAAGUGCCGCUGUCUGAUGGAAUAUGGCGGGGAGUUCUGUGAAGAGCCGGCGCAUGGACCUGCCCCUGGCUACGUCGCCCUCAGCUUAACCAUUGUCUUUCCAGUUGUGCUAGUCGCUCUGGGAGCAUUUGUCUGUUUCAGAAGGGAGCACAGAUUAAAAAGAAAUAGUGCAGCAGCGUCAAAAAGUUCGACCCGCCAUAAAGAAAACGGUCAAGAAGAGGAGAAUCUAAUGAAUAGUGAGACUUUUGUCAACGAAGCCUAUGAUGAGCAGGAAUUGUUAACUUUACAAAGUGACUAACCUGAUAAAAAAGGAGCCGAAACAUCUCAAUAAAAAUUGUUUAGAUGUUG